AUGACUGCCGGAGUGAAAGAUUCUGACAUAGCCGAUGGUCAGAAUCCCAGCAAGAAUGCUUUUCCAGAAUCCAUCCCUGAGGAGCAUAAGGGCAUGAAUCGUUGGAUGUUUACGUUUGAUUUAAUUGCAGACACUAUUACACUAUUAUACCUAAUGCAAAUCUCUCUUUCAGUCGUAGCAAGUCUAAUCAUCCUACAUUUGUCUGGGGCAACCAAAAAAGGAACAGAAAAGCAGACUACUGCCGAAGGACAGAAACCAGUGCAGUGUGGAACUUGGACAAAAUAUGCGGAAGGAGGCAUCUUCACUUCUCCCAAUUAUCCCAACAAGUAUCCUCCUGACAGAGAGUGUGUCUACAUUAUAGAAGCUGCCCCUAGACAAUGCAUUGAACUACACUUUGAUGAAAAAUAUUCCAUAGAGCCUUCUUGGGAAUGUAAAUUUGACCACAUUGAAGUACGAGAUGGACCUUUUGGCUUUUCUCCAAUCAUUGGACGUUUCUGUGGACAGCAAAAUCCACCUAUGAUAAAAUCCAGUGGCAGAUUUCUGUGGAUUAAAUUUUUUGCUGAUGGUGAGCUGGAAUCUAUGGGGUUUUCUGCUCGAUAUAACUUUACACCUGAUCCAGAUUUUAAGGACCUUGGAGUUUUGAAACCAUUGCCAGUUUGUGAGUUUGAAAUGGGAGGACCUGAAGGAAUUGUGGAAUCUGUUCAAAUUGUCAAAGAAGGAAAAGCUUCUGAAACUGAAGCAGUAGACUGUAAAUGGUACAUCCGAGCACCACCCCGAUCCAAGAUAUAUUUGCGAUUCUUGGACUAUGAGAUGCAGAAUUCCAAUGAAUGCAAAAGAAAUUUUGUAGCUGUCUAUGAUGGAAGUAGCUCUGUGGAGGAUUUAAAAGCAAAGUUUUGCAGCACUGUUGCAAAUGAUGUAAUGCUGCGGACAGGUCUUGGAGUAAUCCGUAUGUGGGCAGAUGAAGGCAGUCGAAGCAGCCGAUUCCAGAUGCUCUUCACAUCUUUCCAAGAACCCCCUUGUGAAGCCAACACUUUCUUUUGCCACAGUAAUAUGUGUAUUAAUAAUACAUUGGUCUGCAAUGGACUCCAGAACUGCGUGUAUCCUUGGGAUGAAAACCACUGCAAAGAAAAAAGAAAAGCUAACCUAUUGGACCAACUCACCAAUACCAGUGGGACUAUAAUUGGGGUGACCUCUUGCAUUGUCAUCAUCCUCAUUGUUAUCUCUGUGAUAGUACAGAUCAAGCAGCCUCGUAAAAAAUUUGUCCAAAGGAAAACAGACUUUGAUCAAACAGUGUUCCAGGAGGUGUUUGAGCCUCCUCAUUAUGAGUUAUGCACCCUCAGAGGGACAGGGACUACAGCUGACCUUGCUGAUGUUGCAGAUGACUUUGAAAAUUAUCAUAAACUGCGGAGAUCAUCUUCAAAAUGCAUUCAUGACCAUCACUGUGGAUCACAACUGUCUAGCACUAAGGGCAGCCGUAGUAACCUCAGCACAAGAGAUGCUUCUGUCUUGACAGAAAUACAACCCCAGCCUGUAAAACCCCUCAUUCAGCCCGUGAACAGGAGAAAUAUCCUUGUCAUGAAGCAUAGCUACUCACAAGAUGCCGCAGAUGCGUGUGAGAUAGAUGAAAUUGAAGAGGUACCAACCACAAGCCACAGGCUGUCAAGACAUGAUAAAGCUGUUCAGCGGUUCUGCCUCAUUGGGUCUCUAAGCAAACAUGAGUCUGAGUACAACACAACUAGGGUCUAAGAGACAAACCUGAGAGUUCUUGAGAAUAGUGCGCACCUGGGUGAUUUUGAACAUGCUACAAUGAAAUGUGAAACUAUGGACCUUGGAAACACCAGCUAGAGGUUUUAUGGACUCUGACCAGCUAUUCUCAUAUCAUGACAAAAUUCAGCAAACAGUGUUGAGUAAAAUCACUAGAUGGCAAUAAGACUUUCAUCAUUAUGCUUAUCAAUCCUUUCUCUUUUUCUAUUUCUCUCUUCUUUUCAUUGCAAGUAAAAUUCCCAAUUUCAGGAACAAUUUAUUAAAAUCAGGUAUUUAGCAGCUCAUAAUCACUUCAGUAGAAAUGUUUGUUGGAUAAGCAUCUAGCAAUAUGGCUGAAUUUGACAUUGAGAAAAUAACCUGCAUGUAUGUUACUGAAUAUUUGAGUUGGCAAAAAUCUCUUUAUUAGACACAUUGUAAAAAGCAUGCAUUCACAACUGUUGCUGUUACUGUUCCAUUUCUGUGUCAUAUGCUUGCUACUUGUAACUUUU